CGCUGAAUUCCGUUAUCUCUCAUUCACAAACUAACGAAAACGACAAACCAACGACUCAGUUUAUCUCAACCUGUUCAAGCGUCGAGUAGCUACCGUAUCGUCAGCGCGCCGCGUAAUGAUUUUGACCGUGACCUUGCUGUGUGCUCUGUCGUACGCCGCUCCCCGGCUUGGACUGCUGGUGACCGUCGCGGGGUUCGCGUGUCGAGCUCUUUUGAAGUUACACUUCCAGCACUGGCGACGUCGAAACGUGCCCGGUCCGGAGCCGUCGCUACUGACCGGAAACCUCGGACCAACCUUCUCCCAGACGAAACAUUUGGCCGAGCUGUGCGACGAGUGGUAUCAUGAAUAUCCAGGGGAACCAUUCGUCGGAUUCUACAAGGUGUUUACGCCGGGUGUGAUGAUCCGCGCUCCGGAUUUGGUCAAGGCGGUUCUGGUGCGAGACUAUGCCAGCUUUUCGGCGAACGACUUUCCGGUGGACGCCGAAGCGGAUCCCCUGCUGAUCUACAACCCGUUCGUAGUGGACGGCGAUCGGUGGCGCAAGUCACGUCAGCUGUUGAGUCCGCUGUACACGGCGAGCCGGAUGCGGCAGCUGUUCCCGGCAAUGGAGCGCAUCUGUGACCAGCUAGUGGAGUACGUGGGCGGUCACGUGGGACGGGAUCUGGAGGCGAAGGCGGUCUCGGCCGCCUUCACUACGCAGAAUGUGGCCCGGUGUGCCUUCAGUGUGGACGCCGAUUGCUUCUGGAAUCCCGACAGCGAGUGGCGAGUGAUGGGAAGGAAGGUGUUCCAGCCGUCGCUGCUGGCGGGUAUCAAGUUCAUGUUGGUGCUGUUUUUGCCAUUUCUGACCAACGUUCUUUCAGUGUCAAUAACUCCCAAAGAGGUUAACGAAUGGAUGAUAAAUCUGGUAUCGGGACUGCUCAAGGAACGAAAAAACAGUAAAAAAAAGACUGAAGAUCAACUGCAGACACUACUAAAUACAAAAUCAAAAAUUGAACUUAACGAAGAACUCAUAGCCGGACAGGCUUUGUCUUUCUUUACGGAGGGAUUCGAAACAUCAAGCGCUGCCUUGGGUUUUCUGAUUUAUAGUUUAGCCGCGAGCCCUCACGUGCAGGACAAAUUGUACGAUGUGAUUGAGCAAGCCCUGAAAUCCAACGACAACACAGUGAGCUAUGACAUGGUGCAGAAGCUGGACUACUUGGAUUGGACCUUGCAGGAAAGCUUGCGCAUCAAGCCUCCACUUGGGGUCAUGCAAAAACAAGCCACUAAGGACUACAUCCUCAAGAGGGAAAUCAACGGCCAGCUGGAAGGCAUCUGGAUCAAGGCCGGAACUCCGGUGCUCAUUCCGUUGCUUUCGAUUCAGAAUGAUCCCAACUACUUUCCAAAUCCUGACGAGUUCCGACCGGAACGCUUCGAUCCCCAGGAGAAUACGACCGACCCAGGUCGGAUGGUGUACUUCCCGUUCGGCGAGGGUCCCCGGAUGUGUGUGGGAAUGCGAUUCGCCCAAACGCAGAUCAAGCUCGCACUGGUCCGGUUGAUGUUGAACUUCCGGAUCGUCGUCUCGCCCAACCACAAACCGUUCCGGAUGGACGCCGGGAAGUUCCCGGUGGAGUCGCGGGAUGGGCUGCUAGUGCGGUUCGAAAAGCGUGAAUAAAUGCUUAAUUUUAAGAAACUCCCAA